AUGAGUUCUGUUGAAAAGGACCAGACAGAAGGUUUUGAUCCUAUCCAAAGUGUGGGAAGUCAUUUGACAGUAGCUGACCAUGUAGUUAACUUGGAUGCUGUUUUUUCUAAUUCACUAUCGAUUGGUGAAGUAGCCACCACUUUAACAGAGGCUCAGAAGAGCUUUGUAUUACAGAGAUUGCACUUUGAUGCUUUGACAUCAUUUGAAAACUUGCCUCCUGAAUGUACAUUUAUAUUUGAAAAAAUCGAGCAAAUGACCACUGAAGAAGCUGUACAAAUUCUAAAAGAGGCCAUCGAAGAGCAUGAUUCAGAUAUCAACAUAAAAGAGUCUACUUUAACUUUGUGGAAAAAUUUGGUAAGUUACUCUGAAAAGCAAUUUAGUGAAAAAAGCUCAGGCGAGUCCGUCGAAUUGAAGACUAAAGACAAUACCAUUAAAGUGUCCACACUUUCAGAGGUUAGUGAAGAAGAGACCAUACUGCAUCACCAUCACCAUCACCAUAAAAAUGAAGAAAGCAUCGUUGACUGGGAUUUGCAGGUAAGGUUAGAAGCCGUUUUGAUUGCAUACUGGUCUCCGUAUCCAGAAGUUAGAGCUGUUACAUACCCAUUUGAUGAUCCUACAAUGUAUGUGGAAACCAUAAGAGUAUACAUCAUCGGUAUUGUUUGGACUGGUCUUGGCGCAGUCAUUAAUCAAUUUUUCGUUGAAAGACAACCUGCUAUUACUCUCGCUAUGUCUGUUGUUCAAGUCUUCUUAUACCCAAGUGGUAUAUUAUUGGAAUGGAUUUUACCAAAAUGGAAGUUUAAGGUCUUUGGACAAACAUUUGACUUGAACCCUGGUCCAUACAAUUGGAAAGAACAGAUGCUUGCAACAAUUUUUUGUUCUGUUACAGGAGGUGGUACUUCAUACGUUUCUUCUAACAUAUUGAUGCAAAAAUCUGAAUUGUUUUAUGACAAUAAAUGGGUUGAUUUUGGCUACCAGGUGUUGUUGAUCUUGUCAACCAACUUUCUUGGAAUAGGCUUAGCUGGGAUCAUGCGUAAAUUUGCUGUUUAUCCUGUUCAAGCCUUGUGGCCAUCCAUUCUUCCAAAUUUAAGUCUUAAUAGAGCCCUUUUGACCCCUAAUAAGAAGGAAAUCAUAAAUGGAUGGAGAAUCUCCGGUUACAACUUUUUCUUUAUUGUCUUUGCACUAUCAUUUUUAUGGUUUUGGGUGCCAGAUUACUUGUUCCAAGCCUUAUCAACGUUUAACUGGCUCACCUGGAUUAAACCAAAUAAUUUGAAUCUUGCUGUGGUCACUGGUUCUGUUGGUGGUCUUGGUUUGAAUCCUAUAACCUCCUUUGACUGGAAUGUGAUCAGUUUCAAUUCUCCAUUGAAUGUGCCCUUUUACAAUCAGGCAAAUUAUAUUGUGGGUAUGUUUCUUGGAUUCUUUUGUAUCCUUGGUGUUUGGUACUCAAACUAUAAAUGGACUGGCUACCUCCCAAUCAAUUCUAAUAGAUUAUUUACCAACACUGGAAAGAAAUACAAUGUCAGGGCCGUGGUAAAUAAAGAUAGUUUGUUUGAUAAUGAAAAGUAUCAAAAGGUUGGUCCACCUUUUUAUACCGCUGCUAAUUUGGUACUAUACGGUGCUUUCUUUGCAAUUUAUCCAUUCCACUUUGUUUAUGAAUUUGGUUUGCAAUACAAGCAAAUGAUUAGUGCCUUUAAGUCAAUGUGGAAAACAGUAAAAAAUUAUCAUAGAUCAACUUAUGAAGGUUUUAAUGAUCCUCACAGUGUAAUGAUGAGGGCUUACCCUGAAGUUCCGGAGUGGGCAUAUUUGAUUGUCUUGGUUAUUUCAAUUGUGUUGGCUAUUCUUUGUGUGAAACUCUAUCCAGCAGAAACUCCUGUUUGGGGUAUUUUCUUUGCUUUAGGUUUCAACUUUAUAUUUUUGAUUCCAUUGACAACCGUUUAUGCAAGAACUGGAUUUUCUUUUGGUUUGAAUGUUUUGGUUGAGUUGAUUAUAGGUUAUGCCAUUCCCGGUAAUGGGUUAGCAUUGUCCUUUAUCAAGGCAUUGGGUUACAACAUUGACGGCCAAGCUGAAAAUUUCGUUAAUGAUUUGAAACAAGGCCACUAUGCCAAGCUUCCACCUCGUGCUUUGUUCAGAUGCCAAAUACUAGGCAUAUUUAUUGCUUCAUUUGUUCAAUUGGGUAUUUUGAACUUUCAAAUUACUGGUAUCAAAGAUUACUGUGACCCCGACAAUGCCCAAAAGUUUACCUGUCCAUCGACUAGUACCUUCUACAGUGCCUCAGUCUUGUGGGGUGUUAUUGGACCAAAAAAAGUAUUUGAUCAUUUGUACCCAAUUUUGAGAUGGUGUUUCCUUAUUGGGUUCUUAUUAGCAUUCCCAUGCAUUGCAAUCAAAAAAUAUGGACCAAAGAAAUAUUUCAAGACUUUUGAACCAAGUAUUGUUAUUGGUGGAUUCCUUGGCUUUGCACCUUACAACUUAUCGUACUACAUCCCUGGUCUUUACGUCUCGUAUGCAUUUAUGGUCUACAUCAAGAAUAAGUAUGAGGCAUGGUGGCAAAAGUACAAUUAUCUUCUUUCGACUGGAUUAGGUGGAGGUGUUGCUUUUUCAUCUAUCAUCAUUUUCUUUGCCGUUCAGUAUCAUCUGAAGGAUAUAAAUUGGUGGGGUAAUGAGGUUAUGUACGAGGGGUUAGAUGCCCAAAUGACCGGCUGGCUAAACGCUACCGAGCAGGCUCCAGAUGGAUACUUUGGUCCUAGAAUUGGCCACUUUCCGUAA